AUGGAAGAUAUAGCAGGUGCUAAGAAUUUCUCUCGGACGCCUACUUCUUGGGAUGCGGAGGAUGACAUUCUUCUUAUGCAUUUAAAGGACUCGCAGAAGCUCGGGUGGAAGGAAAUUGCAAGUCAUUUCAACAACAGAACGCCCAACGCUUGCCAGUUCCGUUGGCGUCGUCUUAAGCUGGGUAAUUUGAAGAACCCACCCAAGUCAUUGACAGGUGCAGAAGGUAAGGCUGGGCUGUCGAAAGCAGGCUCGACCACACCAGGGCCCGUGGGCGGCAUUGGCCUUAAAAAGAAAGCAAUGUCUCCUUCCUCAAUGGGGACCCCUUCCAAGUCGAACAUUGGCGGGGUCGUUGGAAGCGGACCGUUUGGGUUGUCACCUGGAGUCACCUUCACUGGGUACGACAACAACGUAAGCAAUGCAUUAGCAGGUCUCAAUGCUUUGCUGAACACACCAAGCAAUAUCUCUACGCCUGGUAGCUAUCACCCCUCGCCUAUACCCAGCGCUAUAACGCCAACGGGGACGUCCAGUUCCAGCGGAAGGCAUAACAGUUUCGGGCUGCCGGUGUCGCUAGACCCUCAGCCACCGCUGGCUGCGGCAGCAGCAGCAGCUAAUAAUGGAGGUGGGUACUAUGCUGACAUUCUGAUUGACCCUACGAUGAACUUGCCUCACAACCAGCCACACCCACACGCCGCUAGAAGCGUGAAGGGAGGAAGCAAUGGCUCUGGUGGACAGAAUGGAGCAAACGGUGCAGGUUCUGGCUCUGGAGGACAAUCCGGACCCAACACUGGAGGCGACAAUAGCAGAAGGAAUUCCACUCCUAUAGCGUCUUCAUCUUCGUCCUCUUCAGGAAAGGAAAGAGAGCACAGUGCCAGCGGUCAAUCAUCGUCUAUAAUACACCACAGGAAUGGAAGUAUAGUGGGACCCUCGUUCCAUAGUAAUUCCAUCAUACAGAUCGUGAAGGACGAAAGAACGUCUAUAUCGUCGCCCACGAGAGCUUCCGUGUCGUCGUUACCUUCGAAAUCCAUGAACAUACCGCAUCACCAGCUGAAUAACAACGCCUUGGCUCAUUUGCCAGUAUUGUUUGGAACCGGUGGGAGCAUAUCAGGGCCGUCCCCAAACCCCAGCAUCAGUGGAGCCAGUGGUCAUGGGGGAAGUGUUUCGCAACAAACAGUCACGUCCUUAAGAAACGGGAGUGUUGGAAGUGCCACGGCAUCUGGCGGAGGCAACAGUGGCGGGAGUGGUGGAUACUACUCCCGUUCCGGAUCUGUCGUUAUCCCAUUUAAUGCUGAAAAACGUGAAGACUACAAGAUCGAGAAAAAGUCCAACCUGGCUAUAGCAGCUGCGGCAGUGGCAGCAACCACAAAGCAUCUUCAAAACCAUCAAGCCAAGCCCAGCAAGAAGGCUGCCUCGAGCACCAACCACAAUAGUAAAGAUAGCCACAAUAGUAAGGCUGGCAACACUAAAAACGGUGCAAAUCUAUUCAAAAUCCCCUGGUCCAUGGAAGAAGACGAACUUUUGAUAAAUCGUCGUAACCGAGAACUUUCAUUUGCAGAGUUAUCGAUACUACUCCCACAAAGAACGGAAGGAGAGAUUUGGUCUAGAAUAGAUCAUUUAGAGAAGCUCCGGAAUGGACAUCGUGCGUCCAGAGUGAAUAGAAGAAGACAGUCACUGAUUGGAUUGGAUGAUGUUGACGAUUUCUAUGAUGUGGAGGAUGUUAUGAUUGACACAGACGACGAAGAUGAUGACGAUGAGGUGUUGCUAGACGAUGACGAGACACUAGGAGGUGGGCCCGUACGAAGAAAGAAAAGAAGAGCCAGUUCUGCGGUAAACCCACUUAGUGUUGAUAGAAGGAGAUUGAGAUAG